AUGGCAUCACAAACUUACAAUGGCAUUCACGGUAUAAAAAGGGUACAUCCUCUGUUACACUCUCUCACAAAUCGAUUCUCCUCAUCGUCUCUCCCAUUAAAAUCGAAACCUCAAGCUCGCAUUCUCUCAUCAGAGCUUCGUAUUCGCUCAUCCGCUUCUUCUGGCAUUGUUCAUCUACUCGACGAUUUCAUUUCUGUUCAUAUAAGAGAAGCGAGGCAGCAUCGCCGGUGA